AAAAUGUCUAGCAUAUUCUUUAAAAAAUGAUUUCGACUGAUAUGGAUGUUGAUUCUUCUCAUAGUAUCAAUCAUAAAGAAAAUAGUUCUUAUUCAAAAUUAGAAGUUGAGAAUACGCUUGUAGAUAACCAUAAAAAACAUAAAAAACACAAAAAGGAAAAGCAUAAACAUGAUAAUAAUUUAAAAGAUAAUGAUAAACGACAUUCUAAUGAUAAUAGAUACGAUAAUCAUCAAACACAUGAAAACAAAAGUAUUGAAAAGAGAGAUCACAGUGAUAUUGCAAAUAAGUAUGCUAAACUAAAACCUCGUAGUCAUUCCAAAAUUCCCUUCGUUGUUAAUAGUCAUAAGAAAAUGGAAAUUGAGGAAGAUGAAUUUCUUGUCGAUAAAAACGAUCCAACAAAGCCAGCUAAAAAGGUUCCAUUAUCAUUGGAAGAAAUUCUGGCUAAAAAGAAGGCCGAUCAGGAAGCUCUUAGCAAACCCAAAUUUUUGAGUAAAGAAGAACGCGCUGCCGAAGCCAUUAAAAGAAGAGAGCAGGAGGUUUCGGAGAAGAAGAAGGUCAACGACGAAGUCAGGAAGAGGCAACAGCUGUUUCUGAAACAAGCCUUGCAGAGCAACGAAACCAUUUACGAGAAAGAGCGCAGGGAGAGACGCGAAAGGCGGGAGAGAGAGGACAAAGAAAAGGAGGAAGAAAGAACCAAAAUCAAGGAGGAAAAGGACAAGGACAAAGAACUCGGUGCCAUCAAGGAAAAGUACCUGGGAGUUGUGAAGAAGAAAAAGCGUGCACGCAGACUCAACGAGCGGAAAUUCGUGUUCGAUUGGGAUGCUACCGAGGACACCUCUAUCGAUUACAAUCCCAUUUACAAAGAUCGGCACGAUUUAUUGUUCUACGGGAGAGGAAAUCUUGCCGGCAUCGAUAUCAAGACUCAACGCAAACAACAGGCCGAAUUCUAUGCUCGCUUCAUAGAGAAGAGAAGGAAUUGCUCAGAAAAGGAACAGGAAAAAUCUCGCUUAACCAAAGUAGCCAAGAGGGAGGCCAAAGAGAAAUGGGACGAUCGCCAUUGGACAGAUAAAUCGCUCGAAGAAAUGACCGAUAGGGAUUGGAGGAUAUUCAAAGAGGAUUACAAUAUCAGCAUCAAAGGUGGCCGGAUACCUGUUCCCUAUAGAUCGUGGAAAGAGGCCAAAUUGCCCAAAGAAAUUAUGAAUAUCAUAGAGAAGAUUGGUUACAAGGAACCUACACCCAUUCAAAGGCAAGCCAUUCCUAUCGGUCUUCAAAAUAGGGAUAUCAUAGGAGUGGCGGAAACUGGGUCUGGUAAAACACUCGCAUUUCUUCUUCCUUUGCUAGUUUGGAUCACUUCACUGCCUAAGCUAGUCAGAGAUUCCGAUAACGACCAAGGACCUUACGCCAUAAUAAUGGCGCCCACCCGUGAAUUAGCCCAACAAAUCGAGGAGGAAACUGUUAAGUUUGGCCGACCCUUGGAAAUUAGAACGGUUUCUUUGAUAGGCGGGCUGUCGAGAGAAGAUCAAGGUUUCAAGCUCAGACGCGGGUGCGAAAUAGUCAUAGCUACUCCUGGUAGGCUUUUGGAUUGCUUGCUUAACCACUACAUCGUGCUGAAUCAAUGCACUUACGUCGUGUUAGACGAGGCGGAUCGAAUGAUUGACAUGGGUUUCGAAACUGACGUCCAGAAAAUACUGGAUUUCCUACCUGUCAGCAAUAAAAAACCUGAUACGGAAGAAGCCGAAGACGAAUCCGUUAUCAUGAAAAAUUUUGCCACCAAAGAAAAAUACAGACAAACCGUCAUGUUUACGGCCACUAUGCCCCCAUCCGUUGAACGCUUGGCCAGGACUUAUUUGAGGAGGCCUGCCGUUGUAUAUAUCGGUUCUAUCGGCAGACCGGUUGAUAGAGUGGAACAAAUCGUUUACAUGGUGGGGGAAAACGAGAAAAGGAAAAAACUCCUGGAUAUUCUGGAUAAAGGCGUGGAACCUCCCAUCAUAAUAUUCGUUAAUCAAAAGAAGGGCGCUGAUAUACUCGCCAAAUCUUUGGAGAAAAUGGGGUAUCUAUCGUGCACUCUCCAUGGGGGUAAAGGUCAAGAAGCUAGAGAUUUCGCUUUAGCCUCUCUCAAAAACGGGACAAAGCAUAUUCUGGUAGCAACGGACGUAGCCAGCAGAGGUAUAGACGUGUCGGACGUCUCCAUAGUCCUCAAUUACGAUAUGGCCAAGAGUAUAGAAGAUUACACCCACCGAAUAGGCCGAACAGGUCGGGCCGGCAAAUCGGGUAUAGCUAUAUCCUUUUUAACUCGAGACGACUCGGCCGUUUUUUACGACCUCAAGCAAUGUCUCGUAUCUAGCCCCUCCUCGUUUUGCCCCGUCGAACUUAUGAAUCACCCAGAAGCUCAAAUAAAACCGGGAACUUUCGUGGCUAAGAAAAGGAAGGAUGAGGUGGUUUACUUGCCUUGAACAAAUUUUUAUUAGAGGGAAAAAAAUAUAAAGAUUUACGAAAAUUAUGAUUUGUCUUGGGGAUGUUUAUCACACACACACUUAUUUAUAAAAUUUUGUAAAUAUUUUAUAAUAUAUAUAUAUAUAUAUAUGAAGUAAAAAAAAAUUUGAAAAUGCCUAAUUUGAUAUGAAUAAAUAUUGAGCAGGAUAAAA